UUUUCAUUUCUUUUCUUAACCAUGCCUGAAGCUCCAAAUAUCCUGUUACCUAAAGACUCCGAUUACAAUCUUUUAGAAAAAAACAAAAAGGUUUUUCAGUUCAUUGAGGAUGUGACGUCAAAUCCCGACGAAGUUCAACGACGGGUAUUGGCUGAAAUCCUGACACAGAACGCCGGAGUUGAGUACUUAAGGCGACAUGAUUUUACUAAUGGAGAAACCGAUCGAGAAACGUUUAAGAAAUUGUUGCCUGUUGUUUCUUAUGAGGAUUUACAGUCUGAUAUCAAUCGAAUCGCUAAUGGAGAUAAAUCUGCGAUUCUUUCUUCACGACCCAUUUCUGAAUUCUUAACAAGCUCGGGAACUUCUGGAGGAGAGAGAAAGCUUAUGCCCACCAUUGAAGAUGAGCUUGAUAGGAGAUCACAUCUUUACAGUCUCCUAAUGCCAAUAAUGAGUCAAUUCGUUUCUGAUUUAGAUAAAGGCAAAGGAAUGUAUUUCUUAUUCACAAAAUCAGAAGCUAAAACACCCGGAGGUCUUUUAGCCCGACCCGUUUUAACCAGUUUCUAUAAAAGUAAUCAUUUUCGAGAAAGACCAUAUGACCCGUAUACAAAUUACACUAGCCCAAAUGAAACCAUUCUCUGCCCGGAUUCAUACCAGAGUAUGUAUUCCCAAAUGCUAUGCGGGUUAUGCCAGCAUAAUGAAGUCCUCCGGGUCGGGGCAGUUUUCGCCUCUGGUUUCAUCCGGGCUAUCCGUUUCCUAGAGAAACAUUGGCCUCUACUCUGUCAUGAUAUCCGUACUGGUGUACUAAACCCACAAAUAACCGACCCAUCUGUUAGGGAAGCUGUUGAAAGGAUUCUGAAACCCGACCCGGAUUUGGCUUUUUUCUUUGAAACUGAAUGCGGGCGGGAAUCAUGGCAGGGGAUUAUAACCCGGUUAUGGCCUAAUACUAAAUAUGUUGAUGUUAUUGUGACAGGGACUAUGUCACAGUAUAUUCAAACUCUUGAUUAUUAUAGUAAUGGUCUUCCUCUGGUUUGCACCAUGUAUGCCUCUUCUGAAUGCUAUUUUGGUGUUAAUCUUAAUCCUCUUUGUAAACCUGGUGAUGUCUCCUAUACCCUAAUCCCAACAAUGGCGUAUUUUGAGUUCUUACCUGUAAACAGAAACAAUGGUAAUGUCCCAAAAGCUCUCAACGAGAAAGAACAGCAGGAAUUGGUUGAUCUCGCCGAUGUUAAACUCGGCCAUGAUUAUGAACUCGUCGUCACAACUUACUCCGGGUUAUACAGAUACAGAGUUGGUGAUGUGUUAAGAGUGGCUGGAUUCAAGAACAAAGCGCCACAAUUCACUUUCAUAUGUCGGAAAAACGUGGUUUUAAGCAUUGAUUCUGACAAGACAGACGAGGUUGAGUUACAAAACGCGGUUAAGAACGCAGUGAACCAUUUGGUUCCAUUCGACGCGACGGUUACAGAGUACACUAGCUAUGCUGAUUUAACAACGAUUCCUGGUCAUUAUGUUCUGUUUUGGGAACUAAGUGUUAAAGGUUCAACUCCUAUUCCACCUUCUGUAUUUGAAGAUUGUUGUUUGGCGAUUGAGGAAUCGCUGAAUAGCGUUUAUAGACAGGGGAGAGUGGCGGAUAAAUCUAUUGGUGCGUUGGAGAUUAAAGUGGUGGAAAGUGGAACUUUUGAUAAGUUGAUGGAUUAUGCGAUUAGUUUGGGUGCAUCUAUUAAUCAGUAUAAAACGCCGCGAUGUGUUAAAUUUGCACCGAUUGUUGAGCUUUUGAAUGCUAGGGUUGUUAAGAGUUAUUUUAGCCCGAAAUGUCCUAAAUGGGUUGCUGGGCAUAAGCUAUGGGUAGGAGGAAACAACAACUGAUCAACCCAAAAAAACAUGGGAAAAAAAUGUAAUGGUUUGAUUAUGUUUAGGAAAGGCAACAUUUUGCCCCCAUCUAGGUUUAACCCAUCGAUCUGUUUUUUUUUUUCUUUUUUUUUUGUUGCUGGUUGUUUAUUUGUGUCUUUGCAUUUUAACUACUAUUAAUGUUCAGCUUGAUUUAGGAAGUUGCAAUUAGCCAUGUACAAAUGCUUCUACUCUC